GCGGGAAGGUCGACCAAUGAGCGGCGCCAGCGGCGGCCCGGCUCCACGUCGGCAGCAGCAGCAGCAGCGGGACAAGAAGACAAGAUGGAGUCGCUGAUCCUGGAACCCUCCCUGUACACGGUCAAGGCCAUCCUGAUCCUGGAUAACGACGGGGAACGCCUCUUCGCCAAGUACUACGACGACACGUACCCCAGCGUCAAGGAGCAGAAAGCCUUCGAGAAAAACAUUUUCAACAAGACGCACCGGACAGACAGCGAGAUUGCGCUGCUGGAAGGCCUGACGGUGGUUUACAAGAGCAGCAUUGACCUGUACUUUUACGUCAUUGGCAGCUCCUUCGAGAAUGAGCUGAUGCUCAUGGCCGUCCUGAACUGCCUCUUUGACUCGCUGAGCCAGAUGCUGAGGAAGAACGUGGAGAAGCGGGCGCUGCUGGAGAACAUGGAGGGGCUAUUCCUGGCCGUGGAUGAAAUCGUGGAUGGGGGAGUCGUCCUGGAGAGUGAUCCGCAGCAGGUGGUACACAGAGUGGCUCUACGGGGUGAAGAUGUCCCCCUCACAGAGCAGACUGUGUCUCAGGUGCUGCAGUCAGCGAAGGAGCAGAUCAAGUGGUCCCUGCUGCGGUGAAGUUCCAGCCAGACGCCCGCUCCUCCCUUGUCCGGGAGCCCAGGGAUCCCGGGGUGGAGGGGGGCCCUCAUCCACUCCCCUCACCCCUUCUGUUGCCCUUAGGCUCACUGUGUGCCGCCCCCACCCCUCAUCCGCUGCACAUCCCCCAGAGGAGGGAGGAGGGGCGCUUGCCUGGCCCCAGCCAGGGCCUGACCGGGACGAGCUCAAGGUCCCUACUCAAUCUCAGCCCAGGCUUGGGGGGGGGGUCCCCUCCUCCCCAGAAGCCCCCUCCCCCUAUGCGUCCUGCACUCCGCAGCCCCACCUUAACCCUCCCCUCCUCUGGGGGAGCCGGUGGGGUCUGGGUUGGCAGGGUUGGGGACCCGUGAGGCGGCAGGCUCCCCUCCACCCUGCCUCCAACGCUGGGCUGGGGGAGGGGGCGGCGGUGCAGUCCAGCAAGAGGAGAAUAAAACUCCCUUUCCACUCUAA